GAUUGGUGGCCCUGGGAGGGCGGGCUCUUUACCGCUGCCGCUCCGCUCCCCGAUCCUCAGCAGAGCAGAGAUGGCGGCCGCUGCGCAAGUACUGGGUCGGCGUGUGGCCAGCUGGAGACUGCGGACGCCGCUCGCCGGCCUCGUAUCCCAGCGGGCCCACUCAAUGUUGCCCGUGGACGAUGCGAUCAACGGACUGAGUGAGGAACAGCAGCAGCUUCGUCAGACCAUGUCUAGGUUCCUUCAGGAGCACCUAGUCCCCCAGGCCCAGGAGAUUGACCGCAGCAACGAGUUUAAGAACUUUCGAGAGUUUUGGAAGCAGCUGGGGAACCUGGGGGUCUUGGGCAUCACAGCCCCUGUUCAAUAUGGUGGCUCUGGCCUGGGCUACCUGGAGCAAGUGCUGGUGAUAGAAGAGAUAUCCCGAGCUUCAGGAGCAGUGGGACUCAGUUACGGUGCCCACUCCAACCUCUGUGUCAACCAAAUUGUGCGGAAUGGAAACGAGGCCCAGAAGGAGAAGUACCUCCCCAAGCUGAUCAGUGGGGAGUAUGUCGGAGCUCUGGCCAUGAGUGAACCCAAUGCUGGCUCUGAUGUCGUCUCCAUGAAGCUAAAAGCAGAAAAGAAAGGUGAUCACUACAUCCUGAACGGCAGCAAGUUCUGGAUCACCAAUGGCCCCGAUGCCGACAUCCUUGUUGUCUAUGCCAAGACAGAUGUGGCUGCGGUGCCAGCCUCUCGGGGCAUCACAGCCUUCAUUGUGGAGAAGAAUAUGCCUGGCUUCAGCACCUCCAAGAAGCUGGACAAGCUGGGGAUGAGGGGCUCUAACACCUGUGAGCUGAUCUUUGAAGACUGCGAGGUUCCUGCUGCCAACAUCCUGGGCCAUCAAAAUAAGGGCGUCUACGUGCUGAUGAGUGGGCUGGACUUGGAGCGGCUGGUGCUGGCUGGUGGGCCCAUCGGGCUCAUGCAGGCUGUCCUGGACCACACCAUUCCCUACGUGCACACACGGGAAGCCUUUGGCCAAAAGAUCGGCUACUUCCAGCUGAUGCAGGGGAAGAUGGCUGACAUGUACACCCGCCUCAUGGCAUGCCGGCAGUAUGUCUACAAUGUUGCCAGGGCCUGUGAUGCAGGCCACGUCACCUCCAAGCCCUGGCAGGGCCCUGCUGACCUGGAGCUUCCCCACAGGACUGUGCGGGUGUGGUUCUUUACUCAGCGGAGUGUGCCACAAAGGUAGCCCUGGAUGGCAUCCAGUGUUUCGGUGGUAAUGGCUACAUCAAUGACUUUCCCAUGGGCCGCUUUCUUCGAGAUGCCAAGCUCUAUGAGAUUGGGGGUGGGACCAGUGAGGUGAGGCGACUGGUCAUCGGCAGAGCCUUCAAUGCAAACUUCCACUAACCUUCACUCCCCUUCCCACCACCUGGAGGCCUUUCUUUGGAAUGAGAGAUGUGACAGCUCUUAACACCUGCCAGAGGCAGACCCUGCUGCCCAGCUGCCCUCUAGCCUCUGCAUGAGGUUGAGUUUUCCACAGUGGCUGCCAAGCACUGUGGGCCUCAGAGCCAGCCAACCAGCCUGCCCAGAUGAUGCAGGCAUGGGGGGAAUACAGCGGCCAUUGUGGUACCACGUUUGGGUCUGAACAUGAAGCAAGAUGCUACUGAGGGCUGUGGUUGGUGGAGGAUCUACCUGAAAAGCCUUCAGAGGCUUAAAGUGGAUUCAGCAGAAAAUAUGUUGGCUUUUCUGUGGCUCACUGGGAGGACUUUGUUCUGGGCCCUUCACCUCUCAUUUCUGAGUCUGCUGUACCCACCUCCCAGGUAGGUACCUGGAGGCAGGGAGGCAGCCACUCCUUUUCCUUGGGUGAGCCUCUGGCAGGUAGGCCUCUGCUCAAGUACAGCAGAAGCAUGGCCUCUCUCCAUUUAUUCAAACUUAAGAGCCUCUUUUCUUUCUCUUUGGGGAAAAAGACCCCCAAGAACCUAGUAUUUUUUUCCUGUUGAUUUCUAGAGGUAUCAGUUCCAGCAGCAGCAGGCACCCAGUCUGCAGCUGCCCAUCCAUCCCUCCAAGGUUUUAUUCUUUAGGGCUGAAAUCCUACCAUGUUGGGGUGGAGCUCUGGGAAGAGGCAUCUCAGACCACCUGUGCCACCUGCUGAGUCUACAAUGGGGCAGGUGGUCUACAUGCUUGUGGAGGAUUGGCUCCAAUGUGGCCUCAAGGCAGCACUUCUGAGCCCUUUAGCAUUACUCUGUCCCCACCACCGUCCAGUCUCCUGGCCACAUGACAGUUCAUAACUGACUGGGUGGGCCUGGGUUGGCUGGCUCAGCUCCAAUCAGAGCUGACUGCGUAUAUUUCUCUCCACACCCUAUGGCUAGUUUUGUUACAACUGCACAGCAGCUGCCAUUUUAUAUUAAACUUAUUAAGAAGCAAACCAUCUGCUUUUAAACUGGUGUUUUGGGGGAGAAGCAAUUGACUUGUCACUGUCUCCUGUCUGGCUCCAGCCCCAUGUCCUGCUCCUGCCCUCCAGCCUGCUCACUGGUGAGAGGGGGGGCAAAGGGGUGGGAUGAGCCCUUAGGAUAGAGGAGGUUUCAACUUCUCUUUCCCAGAUCUGCCAGUGAUUAUUUUAAAGGAAGAAGGAAGGCCAGAGUUUUAAGUCUUGGAGCUAGAAGGAAGCUCAUUAAUUUCUGGGAACCAUUCUCAUCUUUUAAAAGAUCAGUAUAAUUUGAUUUUCCCAAGGUCAGAACAGGAACUAGAAUCCAGAUCAGCAGAAAUGGUAAAAAUGCCAGCCUGGGCCAAGCCCCUGCACAGCCAUCUGCCUGGUGCAUGGUUAGAGUGGAACAGGUUUGGAUUGUUACUACCAUAUGUAAAUUCCCUAAAAAAACUAGUUUUCUUGGCUCUCAGCCCAGUAGUGCCUGUUCUGACUUUUGGUCUGGUCCCCAGCCAAGCACUGUUCCCAGCCUGAUGGCCCGAGACAGGUGGUGUUACUUCCUUACCAACCCCAGCCCAGCUGCAUCUUGAGGGGAAGACCGUCCCAGGGCUGUGUCACUGUCCAUCUCCUCACCCUGCCCUCUGCUGCCUUACAGAUGAAUGUGGCUAAAAUGGUGGUCUUGCUGGGUUCAAAGUAUAGCUGGAACAACCAGCCUGGAUGUGUUCAGAAUGUGACAGAAUGCAAUGUUUUUGUCCAUUCAGUGUGGGUAACAGAACCCUGCUACCAACUUGAGGAGAAGGUGAUUGUUGUCCUGAUGCAGUAUGUAAAAUACAAAUGUUUAAAAAUAAAGACCCCCCAAACGUA